AUGCCUGGACGCGGCCGACGCCGCCGCUCCCGCACCCCUCCGCGGCGCUACUCCACGGAACCCCUGCGACCACAAACAGCGCCAGCAAGGACGACCACAAACCGCGCCGUCACGGCCAUCGCCGAGGCGGACGUGCGCAUCCCGCAAGCGCUAGCCCAAACCCAGCACCGCCGCACGAGUAGUGGAGGCUGGUUCCGGAGCUCGCGGAACCGCCCGGUCACCGCGCCGCCCGUCGCCGAGAUCGUGCUGCCCACGACGACGCCCGUGGCCUCGGUCGUCACGUCGCACUCCUUCCGACGCGAGCGCGACGGCAGCAUGUCGUCCUACCCGGCGGCGACGUGCGUCGGCGGCGACCCCAACCCGGCGCUCGCCGACGCGCGCGCCGCGGCGGCGGCCGCGCCGCCGCCGGCGCCCGCCGCCGCCGCGCCGGCCCCGGCCCCGGCGUCGACGGGGCCGGCGGGCCACGUCUCGGGCGCCGAGGCCGCCCGGCUGGCGGCCGCGAGGGCUCCUCCGGCGAACCGCGGCGUCGCCCUCCCCGGGAUGGCCGGCGCCGCAAAUGCUCCGCCGCCGCCGCUCUCGCCGGCCACGGUCGACCGCCACGUGGCGUCGCCGCCCGCGCCUGGCGGCGGGGCGGCCGCGGCGUCGCGCGCGGCGUCGGAUCUAAGGUUGGACGACGUGAUGGCCGAUACGUCGGCGCCGCCGCCGCUCGCGCGAUCGAACUCGGCGGCGCCGCCGCCGCUCGCGCCGAUCGCGCCCGUCGCGGCGCCGCCGCUCGCCGACGGCGCGUCGGGCCGCUGGGCCAUGGCCCAGACGGUCACGCCCCCGGACAGGCCUCUGCUGUCGCCCGCGGUCACGCCCGAGACGCCGCCGCUCCUGACGCCGGCCUCCGCCGCGGCCGCCGCGCCGGCGCCGGCGCCGGCGAGGCCCGCCGCGGUCGUCAGCAGCGACGCCGCGAGCGGCGGGCCGGCGCCCGCCGCGGCAGCAUCGCCCGGGACCGCCGCACGCGACCGUCCCUGGACGACGUACACCGGCGCCCUGACGCCGGGCGCCGCCUCGGCCCUGGCCGGCGCGUUCACAGAUGCGCCGGCGCCGGCGCCCGCGGCCCCGUGGUGGCGCGGCACAGCUCAGACCCCCGAAACAACCAACGGCCCGCUCACGGAGGCGCGCUGCGCGCAGCUAGCCGCGGUCGCGCGCUCGGCCGCGGCGCCGGACGCGCGGACGGGCGCGCUCACACUACUAGGAGACGCCUCAAGCGAUUUGGGAAGGGCGCCCGCCGCCUCUGCGUUAGCCCUGGCCCUCCAGGGCGCGCUUUUUGCUGAUGAUGCGCGCGUGCGCGCCGAGGCGCUGCGGACGGCGGCCAAGUGCGGCCUCGUCGAGGUGGCGCGCAGCGUCCGGGGCGACGACGACGUGAACGUGCGGAGGGAGGCGGCCCGACUGUUGGCGGCGGGCGCCUUCGGCGACGACGACGUCUUCCGGAACGAUCAUACUGCAAGGCGCACGUUUCAAAAAGUAGCUGCUUUAGCGUCGGCGCUGCGCGACAAGAGCAUCGAUGAGCCCGGUCUCGUGGGCCAGCUCGAGAAAGCCUUGUUAAAGACGGGCGUGCGGCACGAGCGGCUCCUGGAAGCGCCGCUCGACAGAUGUUUAGAAAGGCACCCGUCGGCGGCCGUGCGCGCGGCCGCGGCGACGACCGCAGGCGCGCUGGGCUGCUGCGAAUGUUUGAGGAGGCUCUGGCUCGUGCAGCCGGAUCAAACCGCGACGCGCCCUGAAAUCGUAACAGUGCGCGUGGCGGCCGUCAACGCGUUGGCUCGGAACGGCUCCAGUACGACAAUUCGGGAGCUGGCGGCGGCGGACGACCUGGCGGAGGUCCGGAGGGCCGCCUACGAGUGGCUCGCUAGAUUAGACGACGCCGAGGGUCUCGCGGAGAGGGGCCUCGGCGACGCCGUCCCUGCACUGCGAGCGGCCGCGGCGUGUCUCCUGGCGGACGUUUUACUGAGACGCGCAGCGAACGACGCGCCGACGUGGCAGUGGCGCGCCGACGCGUUCCCGCGGCCGCCGCCGCCCGCAUUUGAACACGCGCCGCGGCGCCUCGACGCCUCCGCCGCGGACGGGUUUGAAAAUGCGGCCUCGGCGCUCAUCCAAGCGGCGCAACGCGAUGCGGAAGAGAACGUACGAGGCGCGGCCCUCGAGAGCCUCGGAAGAUUAAGGUGUGUCCCCGGCGUCGCGGUCGGUUUGGAAGAUGCGUCCGAGGACGCGAGGCUGCGCGCCGUCGAGCUCCUCGAGGAGCUGGCGGGCGACGAGGCCGCGGCCGCCUUAGAAAGGGCGCUGGACGACCCGUCAACAGAAGUGCGACGGCGCGCCACGGACGCGCUCGGCCGCCUCGAGGACCCGCGGGACGCGUUGUCCAGAGUGGCCGUGCGCGACGCCGAUCCUCGUGUGCGGGUGAUGACGGCGAUUCUGUUAGGAGAGCUGAAACGCCCGCAAGCCCUGGUCGAGACGAGCCUGGCGGACCCGCUCUACGCGAGUGUCCGCGCGGCGGCGGCGUCGAGCAUCGGCGGCCUCGCGGCCCAGGCAAAGGAGGGCGACGCCGACGCGGCGGCCGCUCUCGACGGUCUACCGUUGAGGCAGCUCCUCGCUUCUAGAUUAGGCGACGCCGACCGUUCGGUACGAGGCGCGGCCGCGAAAGCAUUGGACGUGGUGGAAGGAGGCAACUGGGCGACUAUCGUGCGGGGCGAUGUGAAUGAUGUGACGCGCAUCCACCACGCGCCGGGCGCGCGGGCGACGGCGGUCCUCGUGUCGCUGUUGUGCGACGCGGCCGAGGUCGACGACAGGGUCGCGGCCGCGGUCGCGCUCGGGGGAAGAAACUACGACGGCGCGAUCCCGCCGUUGGUCGUGGACGCCUUGUGUGCCUGUUGUGCUGCUAGAGGCUCGUUACCAGCACCUCUCCGGGUGGCUUGCUUAGACGCGCUGGCAGCUUUAUCGGUCACGGCGGCUCUAGAUGGUUCCGACCAGGUCGACGUGGCCUGCGCCCACGCGCUGGAGGACGCGGAGAGUGUUGAAGUAAGACGCGCGGCGGCUUUAUGUGCCGGCGCCGCGAAAUGUCUAUCCAGAGGCAGAUUGGUACAUAGGGUCGCGGAGGAUCCCGAUCCCACAGUAAGAAUCGCCUGCGCGCAGUCUCUUAGAGAGUUUGGAAACGAUCAGGGCGCCGCCUGGGCGCUCGUCGCCGCUUUAGGAGACGGCGACGCAAGAGUGAGAGAACACGCGGCGGCCAGCUUCGACGGUUUUUGCGGAGACGCGUCGGCGGCUUUUAGAUCGGCCGUCGCGCGGGCGGUCUGCGCCCGUUUGUUGGAUAGAAGCGACAAGGAGGAGUCGAGCGCCACGACCAAACGGUCGGCGGCCUGCCGCGCGCUCCGUCACCUGCACGAUUUUGGGGAGUCUACCUUAGAUGCUUUACAUGAUGCGCUAAAAAACGACAAGAACGUCUUCACGCGGCGCGAGGCGUGCCGGGCCCUUGCUGCUUUGAAACACCCCCGCUCACUACGCGCUUUAGCUGGUGCUUUACGGGAUCGGCGCGACGCAGACAUGCCCGACCUCGCAAAGGAGGCGAUCCUGGGGCUGGACUAUGGAAGAGGUGGCUUAUUACGAUCGAACGAAACGGCGCUGUUCACGGGGCCCGUCCUGAAGCGGCAGGACCGCAUGGUCACGCGGACGCGGCUCAAAGCGCUCGUGUUGACGGACCAACCUAGAUUAUUCUACUGCGACGCCGACGGCGCGAAUCCCAAGAGCUGCGACGUCGCGUCGCUGGCCGCCGACGGCGCCGACCUGUCCGUGGUCGUCGAGGGUGGGCAAGGUAGGGUGCGCCUCGCGCCGCUCUUCGGCGACGCGCGCGAGUGGCUCGAGGCGCGCGACGCGUCGGCGCGCUCGCCCGGGGCGGCGCUCGCCGAGGCCUGGUCGGAGGCGCCGGCGUCGGCGCCCGUCGCGGAGUUUGUCAGGGAGGCGUCGGACGAGGAGGUCCCGGUCGCCGUGCCCAGUGCGUUGCCGAGCGCGCCGCCCGCUCCAACCGCUUCGGUGCCCGUGCGGUGAUGAUGUCCCUUUUUAUGUGUAAAUUUUUGAACUGGA